AUGGAGAUCGCCCUGGAUCUCGCGGAGUCCGGGGCGAAAACCUCGAUCGUAGUGCGGAGCCCGCUUCAUUUGGUUACGAGGGAGAUAUGGCUCUUGGGUAUGCAUUUGAGGAAGUUCCUUCCUCUGUACCUCGUGGAUGCACUCGCUCUUUUCCUUUGUUAUCUGAAGUUUGGGGAUACAUCCAAGUAUGAAAUACAUAGACCAACCAAAGGACCCUUUUAUUUGAAAGCAAACUCUCCCGUAUUUCCUGUUAUGGAUGUUGGCACAUUCGACAAGAUCAAGGCCAGAGAAAUUCAGGUUUUACCUUCCAUAACCAGAAUAAACAGCAAUAGCGUGACAUUUGCCAACGGCAAGGUAGAAUACUUCGAUGCCAUAAUUCUUGCGACGGGCUAUCGAGCUACGACGAAAGAGUGGCUAAAGGGUGAUGACUAUCUUAUUGACGACGACAGCAUGGCUAAGCAAAAGUAUCCAAACAACUGGAAAGGAAAGAAUGGUCUUUACUGUGCUGGGCUUGGAAGAAGAGGGAUUCCUGGAACUUCAGAGGAUGCACUGAAGAUAGCCAAGGACAUCUAUGAGAGUUCUUGUUGUGAAUAA